AUGGGAUGGCAGGAUGACUGGGUGUGGGUGGCCCCAAUUAAGGAUUUGGGUGAAGCAAACGGAGAUAUCUCCUUGGUGGCUUGCUUUUGCUCUCCAAAAAUAUCGGUUGUGUGGAUAUGUCGGACUCUGGGUGGCACUUCACACAGAGGAAGAGGAGAUCAAUUCAGUUACCAGGUCUCUUGGUCGUUACCCCACUUUGUCAUCUCAAACCCAUUAAGGUACCUUGGUCUGUUUGUCAAAGCACGGCCGACAAUGUCAUUUGUUACCACGUCAUAA